UAAAGUUGACUAUCGAUAUGCGAGUCAGUAAGUAGAUAACGUUAGAUGAUAACGAACGUGUUACGCAAGUUACCUUAAUGGCAAGAGAAAUAUAUGUGUGCCACAUUUAUAAGUCAGUAGUAUUUGGAAAUUUAACUAACGUUUUAUCAUGGCUGGGAGUUAUGUUCGAGUUGACCCCCCGUUUGUCGAGUUUAACGAUGUGAGUGUCGGGCAGGUUUACAAGACGACACUCACGGUAACAAAUGUUGGGAAAACUGUGAAGAAAAUAAGGAUGGGAAAGCCUGUGUUUAAGUUUUUUAAGUUCACAGCAUCCAACACAGCCAAGUUGUUGGCCCCUGGGCUGUCUGUGAGCGGCCUGCUUGAGUUUACUCCAGAGAAAGAGGAGGAAGUCAGAGACUGCCUUCUGAUUCAUAUAGAUUAUAUAGAGACCAUCAAAAUCCCUCUGCUGGGAUUCCCUAAGGCUUGUUUCUUCCUAACAGAGUCAUUACUAGACUUUGGUAGCAUUGCAGCAACCAGUGAGGUGAUCAGCAAAUGUCACCAAAUAACCAAUCAGGGAUCAGCGUCAGGAGUGUUCCACGUCCAGUAUAAUGGAGACCCCUCAGUUCGAAUCUCACCCCGCAGUGGAGUUGUAGCAGCUGGCGCCACCCAGUGGCUAGAAGUGGAACUUCACACAGACAUACCAAGGCAGAUAGAUGAGAAGGCUCUGCUGGAACUCCAGAAUCACUCUGAUGUAGUUCUCAGUAUAAAAGCUGAGGUGGUGGACCAGCGCCUCGAGGUAUUAGACAUGCAGGAUGCUCCACUGUCCUCUCUGUGGUUUGGGCCGUUAUACUUCGGGACGUCCCGCGUGAUGAAUGUGGUUUUGAGAAACAAAUCCCCCUGUGCAUGUGAGUGGGUUGGCCUGCUCCAGGAUACUGCAGCUGGCACCGAGGUGGGAGUAGAUCUUCACAAGAGCAGUGACACUGCCCUGCUGGAGGGAAUGGAGAGGUGCAGCUCAGUCAAGCACGCCGUUUCUCAGGUGUUGGCGUUCGUCCCCAAACAGGGGAGACUAGGACCGUAUGACAAAACUACUGUUGCAGUGUGUUUCAGCCCCAUGAGAAAGAGAAAAAGUGGUCAGAGGAAGGGUGAUCACUCGACCGGCCGGCAGGACUACUGUCUCUACCUGCUGUUUGAGUCGGUGGGGAGCAGAUACGGAUUCACUCACCGUAACGCAAGCAGCAGUGUGGAGCUGGCAGUGACAGGUUCCGGACUGCCUGUAUCCUUGGUGCCCAGUCCUACUGGAAAAUUUGAUUUCCUCACCUGUGCGACAGGUCAACGCGUGGACAUGCUGUGCAUGCUACAGAACCGCUGCCCUCAACUUCCAGUCUACUUUCGCUUCCGCAAGGUGGCACAUUUCACAACCAAGCCCUCCACUGGCACAAUUGCCGCCGGCCAAUGCCAGGAUGUAGUUUUGUCUUUCACCGCGCGCCAGCAAGGGAGCUUCCAGGUGCGGCAGAAGCUGGAUGUCUUGGGUCGUGGUGUUCAGAGAGGUGGCAACCCCAUGGAAGAUGUUACUGGACUGGUGUUUCUCUGCUUCCACACCAUCACUCUUAACCUGUCCGCUGUGUGCCGCAGUGACACCACACACUCUGUGCCUAAGCUGAAUCCUGGCAUCACUCCAGUAGUGACCAAUCCGACCGGAUCCCUGCCUCACGUUCGCUCCAGCGACCUGUCUCGCUGCCGUGCAGCGUUGCCUAUGGCCAUCCUGGGCGCCGGGCGAACUAGACUCCACGAACACCGCAGGCGGAGGCCGGAGGGGGAGGAGUUCCUGGCUUUUCCCAAUGACCGCGCGGCGAGCAACAGGCCUGCCUCCACACACAGACAGUACAGGACCCUCUUCACCGGUGUACAGCGCUAUUGCUAUGUAGACACUAGCUAUGCUUUCACUGAGGAAGAGGAAGAGCAGAGACGAAGGCAUCGAAAGAGUUACGCAGAUUUCACCCGACGGCUCGGAAGAACUCGCCUGCAGGAGACCGAUGAAAGACAGCAGGAAGCAGUGGAGGAUGAAGUGGACAUCGAGAUUGUUCCUUCUCACGGCCUUGUUCCACCUAUCCUCGGCUUCAGUGACCUGCAAAACGGUCAGAUCUCUGAGACCAAGCCAAACUACUGUGGGGCUUCUCCAGCAUCUAGACUUAACCGCCCCAAAGACAGGACAUCCGCCAACCUCCAGGUUGACAGUCAGUCUCUACAGUUCAUUAGUACAGUUCCCGCUACCAGCCAGGAGAUGGCAGACUGCAACAGGACUCUGACGGCUCAGGAGCUCUACCAAGUCAUCAUAGGUCCAUUGCUGGUGGACUUUGGUGAUGUGUGUGUGCAGUCAGUGUGUGUUCAGAAGCUGGAGGUGACCAAUCAGCUGUCAGUGUUUGUCUGGGUGCAGCUGGAGGUUGACUGCCUCGAGCUCCAGGGCUCCUCCCCCCUCUCUCACGUCAUGCCCCCCAACUCCCGCAACACCCUGCCGCUGACAUUUCAGAGCAGCACAAUGGGUCACUUUUACAAACCUGUGUCCUUCUCUGUGAACCAGCAGCACCCUGGUCAGAUUCUGGUGCAGGCCCGGGUUGUCCCCUUGGCCCUGGAGUUGUCCACCAACCGGCUGGUGCUACACCCCACCAACGCUUUGCUCGCCCAAUCAGGAUACAGGAGCUUCGUCACUCUUCGGAACCGCCGGAAUCGCACCGCUGAAUUCAAGUGGAAGCCGGUGGUCACAGAGAGCGGCCCCUUUUUUUCCAUUCGGCCAGCUACAGGUUCUGUGGAGCCAUACAGGGAGUUGGACUGCGAGGUCGUGUGGCAUCCCUCCUUCUCCUCCCCCUCUGAGGGAGACUUUGACCUCUGUGUCCACGAGGGCAACACACAAAGCCUGCAUUGUGUUGCUAAGGUCGGGUCCACCAGUGUCCAGCUGGCAGAGAAAAAAGUCACGUUUGGAUUAGCGCCUCUCAACACGCCCUCCGUCAAAACUGCAGUGUUACACAACACCGGAAAGCACCACGCCUACUAUCAGGUGCUGGAUGUGUAUCCAAUGCGGGGCUUGGUGGUGAGUCCACCCGAGGGCGUGGUGCCAAUGGGGGGGCAGGCCACACUCGAGAUCCACUUCAGCCCCGACUCUGUCAUCAAGUUUGACACCAGAGUGGAGAUAGCUCUGAGGAACAUGAAGUCCAUUGAGCUGAGAGUGGGCGGAUCUGUGGAACCUCCAAAUGUAGACUUUAGUGUGACCGGGUUCCAGUUUCAAGGUGUCUAUGCUGGCUCUCGCCGAGCAAUACCUUUUGCUCUGACGAACCGCUCGUCGGCCGCAGCCCGGGUGACCUUCGACCUGGCGGAAUACACCGACUUCUCUUUGCGCCUCCCUCGGCCCUCGGCACAUCCUUAUUUGGACAUAAUGCAGCAAAUCUCACCGAUAGAGAAGGAGUCGGGAGUGACGGUGGUGGAAGUCAGCGGCAAUCAGACUGUAGACUGUUCCCUAGUCUUCUCCCCCACGCAGGCCGCCUGCUAUAACUUUGACCUCCCACUGAUGGUCAACGGAGCGAUGUGGCCUGCUGCCCCCCCGCCUCCUCCCUCCACACCGUCCUCCCGCUCCACCUCCUCCUUGCUGUCGGCGUGCAGCAGGAAGCAUGUCGUCAGACCUCUCUUCCCCGUCCCCAUGGUGAUGCAAAGGGCCCAGCGCGUACAGGCCACAGUGCUGUGCGCCCCACUGGAAAUGUCCCCCUCAAGCCUAGAGUUCCAUUUGGAAACUCAGGGACAACCAUCCGAUGUUUACACCAAGACGGUGGAGCUGAAAGCAGUGUGUGAAGAGAACGAGUUUUGGUGUUUUAGCGUACGGAAACACGUUAGCUGGCGGCUUGACUGCAGAGGAAUUGAGGAGGUCGAGUACAGAAAAGAGGGGGAAGUGUGUGCGGUGUCUCCGUCAUCAGGCAUACUGGGGCCGGGGCAGUCCAUCUGCCUCACGGUUAGCAUUCACACAGCGGGGUCCGUCAAAGGGACCAAAAUGUCCCUACCUCUUUACUUGGGAGACAACGGAGGACAAGGGACUGUAGGAGAGGAAGUUGGGCAUGAACCUUACAGAGAGCUGUCCAUCGCUAUUAUCAUCCAGCCCCCCUGUAUCACUAUCCACCCCCCUCAAAUCUGCCUCACACCGGUGCCCCUGGAAGUCAUUGCGAGUGCCACUCUCACCCUGCUGGCUAUGGGAUAUCCUUGUGGAACCACAGUAGCAGCUGAAGUGGACGCGGUGGAACUGGAGGAUGGGUCAAAGAUACAGCCUUUUUCCAUCAUCUUUCCACAGGGUAACAACAUCCCAGCCCCAAACCAGGAUAAGAGACAUCGGGUAGGCAUUCAGAACCAGGAGGCCCAUGGGACCGCUUUAGCCUGCAGCGUGUCCUUCUGCUCCGCCAUCCCUCUGUCCCUCUGCACAGCCAUCAGGUUCACCGACCACCUACACAACAAGUUUAAGGUUAACUUGUGUGCUGUCGCUGACAACUGCGUGUUGACAGUCUGGCCGUAUAUGGCCCUGCAUCGCUCCGAGCACCAGAUAGUUCUUAAGACUGGAACCACAGCUAUUGAGGCGAUCCUGCAGCGCCAUCACACACCAAGUCCGGUCUCCGGUCUGACUUCCUCGUCCUCGUCAUUGUUCGAACGCAGCAGCUCAACGAACAAGAACUUAGCAUCAGACUUCUUUCUGGACAGCAACUGCGCUCCGGCCGGCAGGAAUACAGACAUCUCUCCCAAUCGAGACCCCUUGACCAGCCUCAGCGCCUCAAUAUUCUCCACAACCCACUCAGAGGAAGGACUAUUUUCCCAGAAUGUACUGACAGCUGUGGAGAGGUGGUUUAGCCUCUUUGGGUGGCCGAGUGGACCAAACCCCAUCUCUGUGCCUCACACACUCAGAAGAGUUGUGUCAAAAAUUCAGAUGGAUGAUUCCAGUGGACGGACUUACAGAGUCAGUCAAAUCAAAGACUCCAGGUCUGUGGCGGACAUGCUACACCACCUGACAGGCAAACCGAUUCCCGGUAUUCCUCGGAGUCUGACGCUUUCUGCUGAUCUCAACCAGCGCACGGAUCAGCUGCUGCAGCAGCACGGUGCCAUGCUGACGUUUCUCAGGGUGCAGGGGGCCUGCCUUUGUCACAUCCGACCGGAGUACCUGCUUGACAUGCAGGAGUUCCAACACUGGUGCUCCCUACCUCAGUCCUGUGAGGGACAACAUAGUCUGGACCACAGCAGUGUUGACUAUGAGUCUUUGAGCAAGCGAUCCUGGACUGAUGUCCUGCUGCAAAUAUUCAAGGUGCUGGUGUUGUGUCGCGUGUCAGAGGCUGGUAAGAGCAACUCGGCUCUGAAAAACGCCACAACCAGACCGCGGGCCAGUAACGUCUAUUCCAAAUGCGAGCUCCAAUUGCUCUUAUGGCUCAACUUGCAUUACCAGCACAUGAGGACGACUGUGUGGGCACCGGGCGGCGUCCCAUCAGCGCGCUGGAUUGUGAAUUUUGACCUGGACUUGGCAGACGGACUGGUGCUCGCCGCUCUGCUUGCCGCCUACUGCCCUUAUCUGAUCCACAGCCACUUCCAGAGGAUGUACCCCACCACUAGUAGCCUGGAGCAGAUCCUCCACAACAACAUCAUAGUGGCCCAGGCCUUGGCUGCACUUUGUCUCAACCUAGACCUACAGCCCACAGAUUUAUCGCACCCGAAUCCAGUGCAGAUGCUAAUUCUGUGCGUUCACCUGUAUGAGCGCCUGCCGCAGUACCUUCCACUGCGCACCGUCACUCUAUCAGGAGCUCUGCACAGCACUUUCAGCAAACAGGUGCGUCUGAAAAGCCCAUCAUCAAAGCCAAUCAAAUACAAGGUACUUCUUUUAGGAGAGGACGCCCGUCUUUUCUCCCUCCCCGGUGGAUCGACAGUCACUAUUCCUCCCAAGGGCACCUCAGAACUGACCGUCCGGUUCUGCUGCUCUGUCAUGCGGCCCGCAAAGGCGUCCCUUCUGCUCGUCCCUGGUUCUCCCCUCAGCCUGUGCAGCGUUCUUGCCCUAGCUUUCAAUCUGAAGACCCACGUCAGUCACGUCACACCCGCGAAUACAGUCAAGUGUAUGUCUCCGUGCUACCAGCCGAAAGUGAUCCAGGUGCCCAUCGCUAACCCCUUCAAGGAAGAGGCCGAGUUCAGGGUGGUGCUGGUGGAGUCUCUGAUCAACCCGCUGGAGAAAAGAGACGGCCUCGUUCAACAAGACGCCCCCGAAGCAAAUAUGAAGAUGACUUCAGACAAAAGCUGUGGGGAGGAGGUGGAUGUCAGUGGUGAAGCCACGGAGUUCCUGAGUGGAAAGAAGACUGUUUGUCUGAAGUCAGGCCAAAAAGACAUUCUGAACCUCUACUACCUGCCCUUCUGCCCAGGCACUAAGUACUGUUCUGUGCUACUAGUUUGCCCUCAGGUUGGAGAUAUGGUCUAUAUGGUGAAGGCCACCGCAGAGUUGCCUCUUCCUUCCCCUUUCACUGCACAGGCCAGUUCCAACAUAGUCUCCAUCCCCUGCAACUCUGACCCAGCUGUGUGUGUGACGUCACUACGCUUACAAUGCAAGGUGGGGCAGGUGUGUAAAGAGUUGGUUCGAGUGCCGCUGAUUAAUAUGGCCUUGGAGCAAGCUCUGGCCUUUUGGGGUCAGCAUAGCAUGAGCGAUGAUGAAUACAGGAGGCGUAUGCUGACGCACACUUUGAACAGCAGCACCGUGAGGGCAGCUGCGGCUGUCAGCAGGCUUGUCAAACAUCAGGCUCAACUAUUAGGAGAUGGUCACCACAGUAAAGGAGUAGAAUAUAGCGUGGAGGUUUCUUUGCCGCAAUACUUUGCCUUACCCAGCAAUGUUAUAAUACCUAUUAAGGAAGACGCCAACAUACCAUGGGAGAAUCCUGCAGAUUGUGGCUGUGUGGACAUUCCAGUACAGUUCCAGGCGGACUCCGUGGGGCAAUUUACAUGUCAGGUGGUCCUGAGGUCCUGGCAUGACACAAGGGUCUAUGUGCUAGAGGCACUGGUUACCUCGCAGGGAGGAUCCAUCCACUUGGACUUCAGUUCGCCUGCUCAUCGUUCAGUCACGCAAGACAUACCACUGCAUAAUGAGACUCACCAAGACUGGAAAAUACAAGCUGAGCUGAAUGGUGAUGGAUUUUCUGGCCCAAAGACUAUGGAUGUGCCUGCCAGGACAAGAGCCCACUACCCACUCACUUUUCAGCCUUCUGCACAACGCAUCGUCAUGGGCAAGCUAUCCUUACAUAAUGACUGUGACGGCACUGAGCACGUGUUUACCCUCAAAGGAGUUAGACAGCCCCACCACCCAGUGGAGCAUGUGGUAAUAAAGUGCUCCGUAGGUCAAUCAACACAGACACAGAUAGCUGUCCCCAACUACAGCCAGCAGCAACUCACUUUCAAGGUGGUGACAGACUUAUCUGCUGUGAGUGGCAGCCCCUCCCUGGAGAUCAACCCUGGCCACAGUGCUCCCUACAUCUUGGCUGUAUCACCAUGGAAACGAGGAAAGCAGACAGGGUAUGUGUCCUUUCUAGAAGUUGUGGACAGUCUGGAUGCAGACAAGCACAAAGGAAAUGUAACAGGCUGUUACGAGGUGCAUUUCUCUUUAGAGAUAGUUUGUGAGCCGGCGGGGCCCAUCAAGGUGAUAGACGUACAGUGUGCUGCUCAGAGCUCAGUGGCCGUAGCGAUCGCUGUUAAAAACCCUCAAGGUGAGGUGCUGAUGCUGGAUGUGUGCCUGGAAGGAGACGAGUUGAGCGGGGCUGACCACUUUUUAAUUCCCCCACUGGAGACCCUCGCUUACAAAGUUAAGUUCUCCCCAACGAGAGUGGGGAAGAGCACAGGCAGUGUGGUGUUCCAGUCCGAGUCGGUGGGGGAGUUCUGGUAUCAGCUGGAGCUUUAUGCUCUUCCGCCUCCUGCCAUUACUCUACCAGAGGCCUGCUGUCAGAUGGGCAAAUGGACCAGUCAGACCGUUCCUGUUGUUAACCCGACAGCCCAGCCUCUGGAGGUGAUGGUUGCCAACAGUAACCCCAGAAACUACACACUGGACAUGGAAUCAGGAAAUAUUCUUAUAGUGGCGCCCCACUCCUCCACCCAGCUUGGUGUUCGUUUCUGUCCUUCAUCCAUUGGAGAAGACAAUCACGCGGCAAAGAUCACUUUCACAUGCCCUCAGUUGCAGGACUGGUGUGUGCUGUUGAGUGGGCGUGGCCUCAUUCCAGAGUGUGAGGAGCCUCUGAGCUUCUCAUCCCCGGUCGGCUCCAUCAACGUUCCCUUCACAAACCUCACUGAGCAACCUGCCGUGCUCAACAUCACACCCGCAGAUAAGGACCGGUGUCGGGCACCCAACUGCCAUUGACUCCCCGCGGACAAGGAGGGGUUGUCUGUCCCUCUGGGCCACACAGAAGGCGAAGAACGGAUAGGAUUAUCAACGCGUUGGGAGAAAAUAUCCAAUAAAACUCAAAAUGAAAGUUAUUUAGCCCUGAGGCCCCCAUUAGGGUUGUCAGGGAUUGUUUUGGAGUGUUCAAAACACAGCAUCAAACAAUAAACUAAUCACGAAAGAAUAUAUUGGUGUUGCACAUAAAACUACAGGAAUGUAUAAGUCAUAUUUACAUGCUGCAACCACCACUAAAUGAAUGAUCAAAAGGCUCUCAAGAUUUCAAUAAGGUGUUAAUCGCUUGGCACAUUCACACUCCGCAGUACAGGCUAAAACGAGAAUAGGCUGUUGUCAUCAGAAGCAUAUUGGCUUUCCUCAGACACAGACCAACAACCUGCCAAAAAGGCUGAGAGGGGGUACAUGCGCAGAAUCCCAUUUGUCAAUUGGAUAGAGGGAGGUGUUGAUGUGCCCCACAGUGCAUGGGCCCUACAGUGGACAGACCGUGAGGAGAAGGGUGACUGAGUGCAUGGCGGGUUAGUGCAAACCCAUCCUGGUUCCAGACUCCCAAAUUGACUCCAACAGCUUUCCACCAAGCUGUCAGGGUCUUCUCUGCUCAGUGCAGAGAUCCACUGCUUCCAGCUGUAGCAUGCGAGACAAAAACCUGCUGGCAGUGGAAAAACUUUUGGUUUUGUCACAAUGUUGGUUUGUGUUUGUCUUAUUUUAUUUCCUGCCUUUUGUGUCCAUAAAUUAACUUAACCUGCUUGUCCCUAAUUGCUCCCACCCGGGUCCAAUCACCUGCACCUCCUUGGCAUAUUUAUAGUAAAAUAUUACAUUUCAGAGUCCCUUUGAGUCUUGAUGACGGUUUUCACGUGUCCUUUAAUUAAAACAUGUUUAGUUUAAAUGCACAGUGAUGGACAAUAACACGCCUGCACACUAUGGAUACAGACAGGACGUUAAAGUUCAAUUCAAACUCUGCACAAACAUCAGCUAAUUAAAGUUGUUAACACUCAACUUAAUUAUAUAUAUCACGUAUAACCGCUGUGGAGACGUGAAUACCAGCGGUGCAUUUCACAGAAGACUUGCCGAGCACAGGCUGCUCUGCGGGCUGAUAUGAAGCUGGCCGCCCGGUGUAGUGAGGUCUGACGGCCUCGGUGUUACGUGCCUACUGGUUUUUGAACCUACUGGUUUGGCUACGCGUGCGUGUUUGUUUUGCCCCGACAGCGGCAGAUGUUGGCCCUUUCUCGUUAUGCGUUCUUGUGUGGACUUUUGUUCUCGUGGACUCGUGAAACGUCAUCAGUCGCAGCCCGAGUACUGUUCCAAUUCUAGGUCUGCAUCUGGACGAGAACGGUCAUAAUACCCGGAUGUGACCUGCCCCGCCCAUUUUACCGGGCAUGCAUCGGAGCAGGCUCGUCUGUUCUUGUGGGAGGCAAAUAUCCCAGAAUGCAUUUCACCUCAGCAACAGGCAACAAAGAUAGAGGGAAAUAAACACAACUGUAAGUCAAAGUUUAUAAAUACGACUGUAUUUAAGUAACGGAAUGUAAUUUUAGAAGUUUUUCAGACGAGAAAUUAGUUAAAGCAACAUUUCUGCGGUUGGUUUGUCAACAUUCAGCCUUCGUAACAAUUUGCUGAUGUCGGAGAUGUGACCUGUAGUUAACGGGACCGUCAGACCCUCCAUCAGCGGGCGGUCAUCUCAUCUCAGCCCUGAGAGAGCAGCCUGUUUUCGGCAAGUCUUCUUUGAAAUGCUCCGCUGGUUUUCACGUCUCCGUAGCGGUUAUAACUAUAACUAUAGAUAUAACUAUACUAUAACUGGGCUGAUUCUUCAUAACUUAUCCACAGAGUGCAGCUUAUUAUGGUCAGUUCAUUAAAACUAACGAUGUUUUAAUUAAAGGACACGAGGUGACCGUCAUUGAGACUAAACCGGCAGCAGGACUUCAGCUUCAAAGAAACCCUGAUGCUCUGAAGUGUAAUAACAUUAAAUACAAUAUGUUUGAGUAACAAGAAUACAAACGGUAUGUGAGUGUGUGCAAUGUGUUACUAUCCAGUAAAAUAAUUACUGUCACUGUACCCAACGUCCAAACAAUUAUAAAGCUAAUGCAGUGUGAUGUAAUACAACAGCCCUGAAUUAAACGUUCACCUGAGUAACGUUUUGUGUUUCUUCCAUCCAAUAUGAAUACAAAUAAGAUAUACACCUAUAA